AGACUACGACUGGAAAUACGCUUCACUUCCGAUCUACCCAACGUCACUUCCUGAGACUGCUGCUUUCUUCCUUUUCUGUCAGCCAUUGGUGAUCUGCGGUCUAGAAAGCCUUAACGGCCAUUAAAAAUCUACACCAUGCAAAACGACGCUGGAGAAUUCGUGGACCUGUACGUGCCUCGUAAAUGCUCUGCUAGCAACAGAAUUAUUGGUGCAAAGGACCAUGCCUCCAUCCAGAUCAACAUUGCUGAGGUUGACAAGGUAACAGGCAGGUUCAAUGGCCAGUUCAAGACCUAUGCCAUCUGUGGUGCUAUUCGCAGAAUGGGGGAGGCUGAUGACUCUCUCCUGAGACUGGCAAAGAACGACUCCAUUGUGUCAAAGUAA